CCAAUCAGCGCGCUCGCUUUCAACUUCUUCCCUCCCCGCCGGGCUGCUGAGGGCCGGAGGCGGGCCCGUGAACGGGUGCCCGAGGUAGCUGGGAAGUUGUGUCCGGUGCUUCCAGUCUCUCUGGGGCCCGGGCCGGCAUCCUGACGUAGCCACCGGGCGCGCCCCGCAAGAGCAGUGCAAGGUAGGAUAGGGCGUCGCCGACGGGACAGCGUCCUGAAGCAGCGCGUUCCCUCCAGGCCGCCGUAGGCGCCGGAGCCGGUGGCCACGUGACCUAGGGCUGCGCCAUGGCUUCCCCGAGGCCACUGUCCCGCUUCUGGGAGUGGGGUAAGAACAUCGUCUGCGUGGGGAGGAACUACGCGGACCACGUCAAGGAGAUGCGCAGCGCGUUUCCCAGCGAGCCCGUGCUCUUCCUGAAGCCGUCCACCGCUUACGCGCCCGAGGGCACGCCCGUGCUGGUGCCCACCUACUGCCGCACGCUGCACCACGAGCUGGAGCUGGGUGUGCUCAUGGGCAGGCGCGGCCGCGCAGUCCCGGAGGCCGCCGCCAUGGACUACGUGGCCGGCUAUGCCCUGUGCCUGGACAUGACCGCCAGGGAUGUGCAGGACGAGUGCAAGAAGAAGGGGCUGCCCUGGACUCUGGCCAAGGGCUUCACGGCCUCCUGCCCGGUCAGCGCCUUCAUCCCCAAAGAGAAGAUCCCUGAUCCUCACGCACUGAGACUGUGGCUCAAGGUCAAUGGGGAGCUCAGGCAGGAGGGCGAGACAUCCUCCAUGAUCUUUUCCAUUCCCUACAUCAUCAGCUACAUUUCUAAGAUAAUAACCUUAGAAGAAGGAGAUCUUAUCUUGACCGGGACGCCAGAGGGAGUUGGGCCAGUUAAAGAAAAUGAUGAGAUCGAGGCUGGUAUAGACGGAGUGGUCAGUAUGAGGUUUAAGGUGGAAAGGUCAGAAUAUUAAGUACACAGAGCGCCUUCGCUUCCUGUCGGGAGGGAGAGAAGGGACCAAGACAAACAAGUAAAGGUUAUUAAAUGUGACUAUCUUUUAAUAGAAACUAUUUCUAAAGAAUGAUUCGAUUGGGUUGCUAAACCUCAGUCAAGAAAAAUGGACCCUUUGGAAAAAACAUGAUCUGGAUAAGCUGGGACAGAAUUAGAAACAACCAAAAUAAAGUGAUGCUUUCCACCAGGAGAAUGUAUUGAACCAAA